GUUUGUUCCCCCCCCCACUCGUCGUUCCAGCCUCAGAUAAGGUUGGGGUGAGGCGUUAUCGUUUGUCCUCGCGAGAAGCGGCUGAGAUGCGGGCUGCGAUUGGCGGGCAGCGCUGGGCAGCUCCUGCUUUCCCUGCCGUCCCUGCAGCGGCCACCAUUGACGGCUGAGCCAGCGAGCGAUCAGCUGGAGGAGGAAGUGGACGCCGACACGGAGAGCGGCCAUUAGAUUGUUAGAUUUCUGAGGCCACUCAGAAGUUGAUAUUUCCUCUACGGUGAUUCAGCCAAAUGAAUCAGCUCAUCUUGGAGUCCUGUUGGAUGACAGCAGCGAAGGAUCUGAACUUGAUCAAACAAACCUGUAGGCAGGGGUGAUCGGAUGUGCAUGAACUUCAGGAAGCAUUUAACACCUUUGAAAGGUUCUUAGAGGAACUUGGCUGUCAUGGGUAUUCCAAGAAUGGAAUCGAAGCCUUCCAGAAUUCCACGGAGGGUGUCCACUCAGCCAUUGAAUUCUCAAAUCACUCGGACCGGUGCUGGAAGCGGAGGAACCAGUUUUUCUGACUCAUAUCGUGCAAGAGACUCUUCACUGAGAGUGGAACCUGCAUGCCAGGAAUCUAGCCGGUUGCACAGUUCCAGUAGAGACUGGACAGCUGGAGAAAGAGAAGCCUAUGAAAGCCCCUGGAAGCUUCCAACUUCUUCUCCAACUCGCUACUCAGGGACACUUGACCGCCAGUGGUCUGGAAGAUUUUUGGGAAGCAGAAACAGAUUGUCUACAUCAUCGUCUUCUCCUCUUGCCUCGUCUUGGUUGGGUGAAUCUGAAAGAACUCAGGGAGCAUAUUCUUCAAGGCUGCAAAACCAGCAACAGGACAGCGAUUCUAAGAGACCGAAACUUUCUUAUACAUCUACCUCUGGUGUGAGAAGAAAUGGCUUAAACUCAGUUUCAGAUUCCCCGUGGAGGUAUGGCAGCGUGCCCAGAUCUUCAACUAUGGUACUUGGAUCGUUAGGAAGUGAACUUGUGAGAGAGAGGAGAGAGCUGGAAAGAACAGACCCAUCCAUUGGCAGUCUUGUGGAUUACAGAGUCAGGACUAGUGACUUCCCAUCUUCAUCGUAUCUUCAGGAAAGAUCUUCUGCUUCAUAUGCACAAGGAGCAAGACCAAAAGACAACUCAUUGAGCUCUUUGAGGCUGAACACGUCCAUGAACCGCCAGUUGCCUUCUGAACAUCAGUCGUCAUUACUGUCGAGAGACCAUAGCUGGAGUUCAAGAUCUAACUAUGCCCCAAGAGAAGCAGAAUCUUCAGACAGGAAUAUGCAGCCAGAGUUUACCCAUGGUGCCAUGAGAAGCGGAGCCAGUUCCUCUAGCAGUUCUGAAAGGAUCACACAGUCCCAAAGAUCACUAAGUGAGCCUCCUGGAGAUACGGAAGGAAGACGAACCACUCGGCAGUUGCUGUCUCGUUUGGCUUCUAGCAUGUCCUCCACAUUCUUCUCAAGAAGGUCUAGUCAGGAUUCUUUGACUUCCAGGCAGUUAGGUCCUGAAGAUGCAUCUGCUAACACAGCUGAAGGCACAGAAGCUCAGAUUCCUGAAGUUUCUCAGGGAUUUAGCUUUCUUAGGAGACGGGGGGGCCUGCCGGGUGUUUCGCCUAAUCCUAGUUCCGAUUCAGAAGCGGAGAGUUACAGACAUGAGUCUGAAAGUAGGAAUGCAGGAUCCUGGCUGUCGUUGUCUCUACGGAGGAGGUGCACGCCGUUGUUUUCCAGAAGGAGGAGAGAAGGAAGAGAUGAAACUGCAAGAAGCGCUACCUCUGAAACACCAGCUAGACCACUGCACCUUUUUAGGAGGAGAGAAUCAGGUGGUGAAACGACUCCUGAAGAACAGCGUGAUUCCCUCAGACCUUCUGCUAGGCCACCAACGCCUGUAGUACCACACAGUGCUGCAUCCACCUCUCUGCCAGAUUCAGGGCACAGCAGAAGAAAUUCAGGAAUGUCAGGAAUACUUCCUGGUUCUUUCUUGCGGUUUGCAGUGCCGCCGACCCUGGGGAGCAAUUUAUCUGACAAUGUCAUGAUCACCGUAGACAUUAUUCCAUCUGGCUGGAAUCAGUCUGAUGGGCAAGAUAGCGACAAGUCCAAAGUACCUCCUUCCAGAGAUCCUGAAAGGCUUCAGAAGAUUAAAGAGAGCCUUCUUUCAGAGGAUUCUGAUGAGGAAGAAGGGGACUUGUGUAGGAUAUGUCAGAUGUCAUCUACAUCCCCCACUAACCCUUUAAUAGAGCCAUGCAAAUGCACAGGAAGUCUACGAUACGUUCAUCAGGAGUGUAUGAAGAAGUGGCUACAAUCCAAGAUUAAUUCUGGUUCUUCAUUGGAAGCAGUAACUACUUGUGAACUGUGCAAAGAGAAGUUGCACCUUGAUAUUGACGAUUUUGAUAUCCACGAGCUUCAUAGAGCGCAUGCAAGUGAACAAGCAGACUAUGAGUUCAUCAGUUCUGGGCUUUACCUUGUAGUGUUGCUACACUUGUGCGAACAGCGCUUUUCAGAUAUGCUGGGAACUACCAGUGAGGCCAACACUCGUGUGCGGUUUAUUAAUCUUGCAAGAACUCUUCAGGCACACAUGGAUGAUAUUGAAACAGCUUCAGACGACGACUCCGAAGACGGGGAUCUUGGUAGAACGCUCGAUGCUGCCUAAAUGCAACCGGAAGCUGGAUGGGCAACCGACCCUUGCCCCCGUCAGUAUGCAUGUCUUUAGUAAGGCACACUGACUACUGUUAGGGGUUUCAGAAACCUGAUGUUGCACACUGAAAGCUUCGAGACCUGAACACUUGGUCUGCAGAAGGGAGUUGUUUCUCCGUUGAGAUUAUAACAUGUAUGCCUUUUUCUAAAAGACUAGAUUCUUAUCUGGUAAGAAACAUGAUUUUUUUUCUUUUGUAUAAACUUCUUACUGUCAGUUAAACUUCUGGUAACUGUUUCUCACGUUUGCUCUUCUACUGGCACUAAGUGGUAAUGUUAAAUACAUUUUGCACGUCACGGUGGGAAAAGAUAUUUCUGUUCUUGCUCUCCAUUUUGAAAACACCUUUGGCAAAGUCUUAUUGUUUUGAUUCCAGUGUUUACACCAUAGGAUGACUGAGGGGAAUGCACGGGUUCUGUAAAGUUUAGUGUUAGGUUUCUAUCUUUUCCGUGAGGAACAUUUAACUCAAAAGCAAUAACUUGCAAGGGGCUAUUACUAAGUGUUACUGAUGGCUUUUUAUAAGUACUGAUUUCAAAACUGUGGAUUAUAUUUGAUAUUAUGUAGCUGUUCCAAUGAAGAAUUACAGUUAAGUAAACACACUUGCAUUUCAGCAUUCCUGGUGGGAAUACAACUUAUGGUUUAAAAUCUUAACUGGGCUAUUUAUCUUAAUGAACCUUUUCUAGAACCCGCAUCCACUUCUGAAGCACUGGUUAUGAACGUGUUUUCUAGUGUUGUCAUUUGUUUGGUAAAUAAAAUAUGAUGCAAAUUA